AGAACUUCAGCACAAUGUCAGCCUCGGUACCGGCGGAUCUCCGAAACCUACGUGCCUGCCUACUCUGCUCACUGGUAAAAUCGGUGGAAAGCUUCCAGAAAGAGGGCUGCGAGAAUUGUGAAGACGUGCUUCACCUGAAAGGCGACGAGGAGAAGGUCUAUGAUUGUACCAGUGCAAACUACGAUGGAAUGAUCGCGGCGAUGAGCAACAACGAGUCGUGGGUGUGCAAAUGGCAGAAAAUGCAGCGAAAAGUGAAGGGAAUGUACGCGAUCAGUGUGUCUGGAGUACUGCCGAACAAUAUUGUCAGCGAGCUCAAGAGCCUCGGCGUCCGCUAUAAGCCCAAUCAGAGAGACUACUCGACGCAAUUCAAGAAAUAAUUUAAUUAUUCACCCUUUUUUUCCACUAAAAUUGGUCGAUUUUGAAGAUUUUUCAGACCCAAACCUAACUUAUUUUCUGUGUUUUUUUUUAACUUUUUAUAUCCAUUUUUGAAUCAUUUUUUUCUCGAUCUUCCAAUAAAUCACACUUACGGG